AUGUGUCUCACCUUCUCCCAUCACCAUUCACAAAAUCACAAUAAACCAAUCUCCAAUCUCUCCUACAAUCCAUUCCUCAGCUGUUCUUCAGAUCCGUUCAAGAUGCAGAUCUUUGUCAAGACACUGACAGGCAAGACCAUCACCCUCGAGGUCGAGAGCUCCGACACAAUUGACAACGUCAAGGCUAAGAUCCAGGACAAGGAAGGAAUCCCUCCGGACCAGCAAAGACUGAUCUUUGCCGGAAAGCAGCUCGAGGAUGGCCGUACCCUAGCUGACUAUAACAUUCAGAAGGAGUCCACACUCCACCUCGUCCUCAGGCUUCGUGGUGGGAUGCAAAUCUUCGUCAAGACCCUCACCGGGAAGACCAUCACCCUUGAGGUUGAGAGCUCCGACACAAUUGACAACGUCAAGGCAAAGAUCCAGGACAAGGAAGGAAUCCCUCCAGACCAGCAAAGACUGAUCUUUGCCGGAAAGCAGCUUGAGGAUGGCAGGACCCUAGCAGACUACAACAUCCAAAAGGAGUCCACACUCCACCUUGUCCUCAGGCUCCGUGGUGGGAUGCAAAUCUUUGUGAAGACCCUCACCGGCAAAACUAUCACCUUGGAAGUCGAAAGCUCGGACACAAUCGAUAAUGUGAAGGCAAAAAUCCAGGACAAGGAAGGAAUCCCUUCGGACCAGCAGAGACUGAUCUUCGCUGGAAAGCAGCUCGAGGAUGGCAGGACCUUAGCAGACUACAACAUCCAAAAGGAGUCCACACUACACCUCGUCCUCAGGCUCCGUGGCGGGAUGCAAAUCUUUGUGAAGACCCUUACCGGCAAGACAAUCACCUUGGAAGUCGAAAGCUCGGACACGAUCGAUAAUGUGAAGGCAAAAAUCCAGGACAAAGAGGGCAUCCCACCUGACCAGCAGAGGCUGAUCUUUGCUGGGAAACAGCUCGAGGAUGGAAGGACCUUGGCCGACUACAAUAUCCAAAAGGAAUCUACCCUUCACCUUGUCCUGCGUUUGAGGGGUGGAAUGCAAAUCUUCGUGAAGACCCUUACCGGCAAAACUAUCACAUUGGAAGUUGAAAGUUCGGACACUAUUGACAAUGUGAAGGCUAAAAUCCAGGACAAGGAGGGUAUUCCUCCUGACCAGCAGAGGCUGAUCUUUGCCGGCAAGCAGCUCGAGGAUGGGAGGACUCUUGCAGAUUACAAUAUCCAGAAGGAAUCGACUCUUCACUUGGUCUUGCGUUUGAGGGGUGGUAUGCAGAUUUUUGUGAAGACGCUGACCGGGAAGACUAUCACACUGGAGGUGGAGAGUUCGGACACGAUUGAUAAUGUGAAGGCGAAGAUUCAAGACAAGGAGGGAAUCCCGCCGGAUCAGCAGAGGCUGAUAUUUGCCGGGAAGCAGCUGGAAGAUGGACGUACUCUUGCGGAUUACAAUAUCCAGAAGGAAUCGACUCUUCACCUUGUGCUCCGUCUCCGUGGGGGUGGUUGUUUCUGA